AAAGGGCAACUGCACAGCCAGACACUGCCACCCUCCACCAUGAGCCCCUGGCAGCCCCUAGUCCUGGCACUCCUGGCCCUGGGCUGCUGCUCAGCUGCCCCUCACCAGCGCCAGCCGACUUUUGUGACCUUCCCCAGAGACCUGAGGACCUCCAAUCUCACCAACAUAGAGCUGGCACAGGAAUACCUGUAUCGCUAUGGUUACACGAGGGCUGCGGAGAUGCAAGGAGAGAAACUGUCACUGCGUCCUGCCUUGCUGCUCCUUCAGAAGCAGCUGUCCCUGCCCCAGACGGGUGAGCUGGACAGCAAAACCCUAGAGGCCAUUCGCACCCCACGCUGCGGUGUCCCCGACCUGGGCAAGUUCCAAACCUUCGAGGGUGACCUCAAAUGGCAUCACCACAAUAUCACAUACUGGAUCCAGAACUACUCGGAGGACUUGCCAAGAGACGUGAUCGACGACGCCUUUGCGCGCGCCUUCGCGGCGUGGAGCGCGGUGACGCCGCUCACCUUCACCCGCGUGCACAGCCGCGACGCGGACAUCGUCAUCCAGUUCGGGGUCGCGGAGCACGGAGACGGGUACCCUUUCGACGGGAAGGACGGGCUCCUGGCACACGCAUUUCCUCCAGGGCCUGGCAUUCAAGGAGAUGCCCACUUCGACGACGAGGAGCUGUGGUCAUUGGGCAAGGGCGUUGUGGUACCCACCUACUUUGGAAACGCGGACGGCGCCCCUUGCCAUUUCCCCUUCACCUUCGAGGGCCGCUCCUACGUGGCCUGCACCACGGAUGGCCGCAGCGAUGACGUGCCUUGGUGCAGCACCACGGCCGACUACGACACCGACCGUCAGUUCGGCUUCUGCCCCAGCGAGAGACUCUAUACCCAGCACGGAACCGGAGACGGCAAACCCUGCGUGUUUCCAUUCAUGUUCGAGGGGCGCUCCUAUUCAUCUUGCACCACCGAAGGCCGCUCGGAUGGCUACCGCUGGUGUGCCACCACAGCCAACUAUGACCAAGACAAGCUCUACGGCUUCUGCCCUACCCGAGCCGACUCCACCGUGAUAGGAGGCAACUCUGCAGGCGAGCUGUGCGUCUUCCCUUUCGUCUUCCUGGGCAAGGAGUACUCAUCCUGUACCAGCGAGGGCCGCAGCGAUGGGCGCCUCUGGUGCGCCACCACCUCCAACUUUGACAGUGACAAGAAGUGGGGCUUCUGCCCCGACCAAGGAUACAGUCUGUUCUUGGUGGCGGCACACGAAUUCGGCCACGCACUGGGCUUAGAUCACUCCUCAGUUCCGGAGGCGCUCAUGUACCCCAUGUACCGCUACCUGGAAGGCUCCCCUCUGCAUGAGGACGACGUGAAAGGCAUCCAGCAUCUCUACGGUCCUGGCCCUAAGCCUGACCCCAGGCCUCCAGCCACCACCACACCUAAACCACAGCCCACCGCUCCAGCUACAGUCUGCCCCACAGCACCUCCCACCGCCUACCCCUCAGAGCGCCCCACAGUUGGCCCUACAGGUGCCCCCUCAGCGGGUCCUACCGGUCCCCCCACUGCUGGCCCUUCUCAGGCCCCUACAGUGUCUUUGGAUCCAACAGAGGAUCCCUGCAAGGUGAACAUCUUCGAUGCCAUCGCGGAAAUCCAGAACUCUCUGCAUUUCUUCAAGGACGGGCGGUACUGGAGGCUCUCUGAGCGCAGAGGGCGCCAGCUGCAGGGCCCCUUUCCGAUCGCCAGCAAGUGGCCUGCUCUGCCCGCUAAGCUGGACUCUGCUUUUGAAGACCCCGUGUCCAAGAAGAUUUUCUUCUUUUCUGGGCGCCAAGUGUGGGUGUACACGGGCGCGUCGGUGCUGGGCCCAAGGCGUCUGGACAAACUGGGCCUGGGCUCGGAUGUGUCCCACGUCACCGGGGUCCUCCCGCGCGGAGGGGGGAAGGCGCUGCUUUUCAGCAGGGAGCGCUUCUGGAGGUUCGACCUGAAGACGCAGACCGUGGAUUCCCAGAGCGUCACUCCCGUGGAUAGAGGGUUCCCCGGGGUGCCCUGGAACACACACGACAUCUUCCAGUACCGAGAUAAAGCCUACUUCUGCCAGGACCGCUUCUUCUGGCGUGUGACUUUUUGGAAUGAGGUGAACCAGGUGGACCAAGUGGGCUACGUGACCUACGACAUCCUGAAGUGCUCUGAGGAAUAGGCCUCCCAUUCUGGCCUAGCAGUGCAGUGCAGCUCCCCAGAGACCAUCCUCAUGGGGAAGGAACCGGUUUGCUGGAUACAAACUGGUGGUCCCUUCCAGAGGAUGGGAGGAGUGGAGGUGGGCGGGGCCUUCUCUUCACACCUUUCUUUUACCUUGGACUGUUUUUAAUAAACUUAGAUUCUCUGAUUA